AUGCACAAUAAUUAUUAUACAACACCUGUAACUCCUCAAAGAGCACCAGCAGGCUUCGAUAUGAAUCACCUUUAUUUAAGUCCAUCUCAGCAGCAAGUCAAUCGGCAAGGCAUGCUUCUUAAACGAAACGAAAGAAUUGAUUGGCGUCGCAUCGCUGCCGUUGAUGUUGAUCGUAUUGCACGUGAUAUGGAUUUUCAAACCUUACAAGAAAACCUUGAAAACAUAACCUUGUGUAAUAUUGAUGCUGAAGUUGAUACAAGAGUUAUGGAUCCAAAUUUUGUUAAACUUUAUAAAAUGGCUCAAUUAACAAUUGAAUAUCUUUUAAUUUGUCAAGAUCAAAUAACAUCUCAACUAGCCGAUUAUGAUCAAUUGAAGAACCGAGAUUUUCAUGAUCACGAAGAUGCUCGGCAACAAAUUGAAAAAUUAAAAUAUGAAUUAGCAGAAACAAAAAAAGAAUUGAAAAAAAGACGAAAAAUGCUUGAAACACAACAACGAAUGUUAAUGGCACAAAAUUCAAAUUAUCAUACGUGUCCUGUUUGUACACAUGCCUUUUUAAGUAUUGCUUAUCUACAAGCACAUAUAAAUCGUCGUCAUCCAGAUUAUGACCCCAAUCGACGACGUGAACAUGAUGUUGACGUUGAAAAAGAGAUUCAACGUUUUAAAGAUGAACUACAUAAAAAAGACGUCGAAUUACAAUCUAUUAGAAUUCAAAAAGCUGUUGAUGAAGAAAAAAUUCGUGAUCGUGAUGCAGAACUUCGUCAACGUAAAGAAGAUAUUCAAACAUUAACGACAAAAAUAACAAUAUUAGAUGAUAGACUCUUACAAAUGAGAUCAAAUCCUCAUACACGAUCACCUUCACCUCAUCGACAAGAUACUGGUCUAUCAGAGCUCUUAAAAGAGAAUAAACAUUUACGUGCUGACAUUGAACAACUUAAACAACUACUUCAACAAACAGAAAAUAAUUUAAAAAAAGAAGAAAAACUUAAACGACGUUAUGAACAAGAAAAUGAAACUCUUGUACAAGAUAUAAAGAAGCUAAAAGAAAAUCUUCAAGUACUUCAAAAGGCAUCAGGAGAUAAAACUCAGCUAACAGAGCAAUUAAUUAAAUAUCAAAAUCAAUAUAAUGAUGAAAAAUCAAAACGUAAAGUAUUAGAGAAACAACUUCAAGCACCUCAUAAUGAUUCAACUCAAUUACCAAAUCAAAUAACGCCCAUAGUCGAUGAAAAUCAUAAAACAGUUCCAUCACGCCCAACUGAUUCACGAGUUGACCCAACCGUUCAAGUUCGACCCGCUGCACCACUUCAAUCAACAGAUCUCAUUUUAGCCGAUUUUUGUCCAGCUCUUGUUGAACGAUUAAAAGAGAAUCCAAAAUUUUUAACAAAAUAUCGAGAUGACGCUAAACAACAACUCAAUACCGAGCUUGACGAAUAUGAAAAUUUAGGAAUAUCUGAAACUGAUACACGUCUUACUGAUCUUGAUUUUCGAACGAAAAUGGAAAGUGUUUUACAAACAAGACACAAUAUUCAAUCUGAUUUACCUGAUUUCGAACGUAUUCGUGCUAAUCUUGUACGAUUAUUAGAUAGACGUGUUAAUGAACGGCUUGAUGUUCGACGUAGUAUUACAUCCAUACGUUCAACUGGUAGUAAAUUGGUUACAUUUGAAGAUGAACAGCGUCAAUCGAAAAAUCCCUCUCAAAAACAUGAUAAUACCAAAAAACAAAACACUGAUCACCGUAUCAUUAUAUCAACAGAUCCACCAAAAACAAAACAUGAUCAUAGUCGACCAGCAAUAAAACAUGUAUCGGAUGAUGAUGUUACAAUAUCUAAUGCAAGUGACAGCGAUGAAGAUACACAACCGACACGACCAGGUGUUGCAUCGGAUAUUAGACCUCCGCCAAGAAAAACUGUUCCACCACCUAAGACAACACAUGGUAUUGGUUCAUUAGUUGACGCAAGUAUGAGACCAUCGACAACAAAUGAAGCCUCGACUAUUUCUGCUCUUCCACGUCAACACCUACCUAAACCAAUAACAAUAAAGAGCAAAUCAAAUUCAGAUAGUGAAAAUGAAAGUCCAGUACCACCAGUUCCUUCAAAAGCUGGACCUCACCCAUCGAGUAUCGACGAUAAAAAACGUAUUAUUGAUCAAAAACUACAAGAAGCCAGUGUGAAAGGAGUAAAACCAACGCCAAAUGCUGUUGCACAAGGAUUUCAACAUUCGCAACGACCAAUUGUUAACCAACAUGAUGAUGAUGAUGAUGAUGAUGAUAGUCAAUCACUUACAACAUUACACACAAAUCCCCCACAAAAACUAGCCAAUGACCAGUUACCUCAAGUUCCAAGGCGCGAAUCAGUGAAUAAUAAUCUUCUAUCAUCAGGUGAUGCUUCGCAAUAUACGUAUGACUCUCUAUGGAAAUCACAAACUGGAAAAGUUCCUGAAUUGCGACGACCACUAACAGCUGAUUCGGCAAAAACUUCUAAUUUGGAUUCAGAUGACAAUGAAGAUGAAGAAGAUUCGAAUUAA